CUCUGCAUCUCAAACACUUCAAUUCAGUAAUGCAGACACAAAAUAUAGUGAAACAAUCUCUUCGCGACUGCCCUCCAACUCCGCACGACAAUUUGGUGGAGCGAUUGGUGCUUGCAGGAUGCAAUUUGAAUCGAGUAACAACGCAUUCUCUCCAAAAUCAGAUUAUGAGAGGAACCAUCAGCGCAUUGAAGGGAUUUCAGACGAAUCCAAAAGCAGAAGCAUUAAAAUAUCGAAACGUGCCCAGUGAUAAUGCCAAAGAGCGAAUGGACCAAUGCAAGAAAGUUGUGGAAAUCCUUGUAGAUGUGAAUUGCCCAUUCAAAGUUGAACCGCACCAUCUUAUCAGAACCGACUACGCAAUGCUCACUCCGAUGAUUAUUUGGGUUCUUCGUCAAACGCUUCUUUAUGAGUGUGAGCACAACCAGCACAAAAAGUUCUAUGCAAACUUUUUCUCUAAAAAAUUCGCAUCAGAGGAAAAAGCUGUUGCGGAUUUUUUGAGACGAUUCAGAGAAGAGUCCACUGAUAUUAUCAAGAGCACCUGGUUUUAUCAGGAAUUUAAAGAAGAGAUCCUUGGAAAGAAGUUGAGCGGAAGACAGAUUCUCGGCAAGUAUUUGGUUACGAAAAAGUUGUUGGAGUUGGAUAUUAGUGAAUCUGAUUUUGAAUCAGAGGAUGACGAUGGCACUCUUGUCGGAUCCAUUAAAAAGGAUAGGCUUCCAACGGCCGAACAGUUAUUUGCGGAGGACAAUUCUGUCAUCAAAACCUACCACGAAGGUCUUUCCUCAACUAUCCAAAGCAUGUUCAUUGACGAAGAGCUAGAUUCACUGGACAAACGUAUUACUCGUGAAGCUCGAGCUUUUUAUCGCACGCGAAAGGAGCACUUGUAUAUUGAGGAUCAGUUGUUCACUGUCUACUCAAGGUCGGAGGAUUUCGAUCAAUCGCUCGUUGAUUGUACUAUGCAAGAACUUGAGACCACUUCCGCCAGAGUUCAAAUUUUCACCAGAAUGAUUAGCGACGACUACAACAGAACAAUGGGCAUUCGUGAUGCUUUGAGUCCAAAAAAGAACAGUCAUGGAAAAGAAACAAAUGAUCCGAUUCGACAGAAAAUUUAUGAAGAUCACGGAAAAACGUUAAAUUCGUUCGGAAAGAUUCUACGCUUGUCCGAAGGGAUGACUGUCCGUAUUAGUCGAGCAAUGGCCAAUACAUUCGGAACCAGGGAAAGAAAUGCAAGAAUCGAUAAUAUGGAAGAUUCCCCUGAUCUUUGCUCCGAUUAUGUUGAGUUCAACGAUGAUAAAAUUGUCGAUGACAUCAUUGCCUUAAGCAAUCGAAUCAGCAAAGUCGUUCAGGUGAUCAUGAGUAUUCCACUUCCGGAUGAAUAUCGAAAGGAGGCAAUGAGCUACCAACAUCUUUUUAUGAGCUACGUAGAAGACGUUCUCACCAAAUUGACUGACUGGUAUUGGAAAGCAGACUUGAUGCAGUAUCAUCGAAUUGAGGAGAGAAAACGUCUGGAGAAGCGGAGAUCAGACAUGCGCAUCAAACAACGCCAGGAAAUCAAGAAUGCACAGCUCACACGAAUCAUAUUCGAUGUAAACCAAACUAUCCAAGAUGUGACUCACGAACUCACCACGCAAAACAUUGUUGCUACGCAGCUCCGCCUCGAUUUUUGUGAAGCUUUUGCAAGAAGCACAACCCUGUCAGCUCUUCAACGAGCUAAUUAAUUUGUCGAGUUCAUUUUAUCAUGUUAUUCUUCGCCGACGCUGUAAUUAUGUGAUUUUUUCUAGGUGUUAAUAUAAUUCAUCUAGCCGAGAGUUUAAAAAAUUGUUCGAUUUAAUAAUUCAUUACAAUCCUCGCUUUCCGUGGUUUUAAUAUAUCGAGAAUCUCGACCACUCCUGUAUCAUAAUAAUUAAAAAUUAUCAUUCUUCAAAUCUUCAUUUUCUGAUUUCCAUUCCUCCACAUUUCAUUGCAGCCGUGUUGCCAAUUGUAUUUGAAAUAGAUUCGUUGUCGUUUUUCUGACUGUCUUCUCACCCACUACAUUUAGAUUUUUUGAAACUCGUCGAUAUUGUAUGGGCUCAUCUGUCAUUUUUCUAUUCCCACUUCCGAUGCAUUAAAAAAAUAAUUAUGGGGUUUCAAUCUGUUUUACACUACAUACAAAAUGUUUUUGAAAUGAUUAAAUUGAGAAAAUACGAAAAAAGUUAUUACUCACCCUCAUAUUACCCCCCAUCCCUCGAACUUAACCGUUUCUAUCGUGGCAACUUUUGUUCAUAUUUUAAAAAUCCUAAUAAAAAUAUAUUCAC